GGUUGCAGUUUCUGUGGUUUUUUUCUCCAUAAAUCAUGCUCCCAGAUUCAACGCCAGCUACAACAUUACUUUCAUCCUUGCUCUCUCGAGCUCACAAUAAGAAGUGGCUAUACUUGUAAUGCUUGUUUUAAUCGUCGUUCAGAUUUUCGCUUCCGCUGUCAAAAGUGUGACUUUGACCUGGACUUGGAAUGUGCUCUAAUGUCCACCACCGUCAAGACUAAAGAGGAUGGCCAGAUUCGACAUUUCACUCAUAGGCAUCCAUUACAACUUGUUGAUCUCAACAAGGAACAAUAUGAAGUUUGCUGUUCAAUUUGCGAAAAGCUCUGCUCUGAUGUUGUCUAUGGUUGUAGGAAGUGCAACUUCUUCCUCCACCACUCAUGCAUGGACAUACCUCGAGUGAUUAAUCAACACCAAUUUCACCCGAAACACUCUCUUGUCCUACUCACAACUACAUCGUAUAAGUGUAAAGGUUGUGACAGACACUGCUCAGGCUUGGCUUACAUGUGUGGGACGUGCAAAUUUCGAUUAGAUGUCAAAUGCGCCUUACUCCCCACCGCAGAUUGUGAAGUUGCCGAAUGGAUUCAACGUUUCUCUCACCAGCAUUCGCUACAACUUAUUGAUCCCAACAAAGAAGAAGAUGAAGUUCACUGUUCAAUUUGCAGAAAGCUCUGCUCAGAUUUUAUAUAUGGUUGCAAGAAGUACAACUUCUUCCUCCACCACUCAUGCAUGGACAUACCUCGAGAGAUCAAUCAACACCCAUUUCACCCGCAUCACUCUCUUGUCUUUCUCACAAAGUCAUCAUACAAGUGUAAAGGUUGUGACAAAGACUGCUCAGGCUUGGCUUACAAGUGUCAAGCGUGUUUAUUUGAGUUAGAUAUUGAAUGCGCCUUGCUUCCCACAGCAAAUUGUGAAGGUGCCAAAUGGAUUCAACAUGUCUACCAUCACCAUCCAUUGGAGCUUUGUGAGAUUGAGGAUGGCCAUGAAGCUCACUGCCCGGCAUGUCGAGAGAACUCCCCAGGUCCUCACUUUGUGUGUCACAGAUGCAAUUUUUUCCUACAUCAAUCAUGUGCCAUUGAUUUAUUACCACAAACAAUCCAAGAUCACCCAUUCCACCCCAACCAUUGCCUCAAGAUCAAAUCCUACAAUAAAAGUGAGCGGUUUUUCUGCAGAGCAUGUGGGAUGGAUGACUUCAAUGUCUUAGGUUAUUGCUGCGAGGAUUGUCCUGAUUUUAAAUUUCACUUGGAUUGUUCUAAGCUGACACCUUCUAUUAAAUAUGGCAACCACUGGCACCUUUUUACUCUCUUUCAGAAAAUAAGUUUCCCUGGUUUCUGUUUGAUUUGUAAAGAUUAUUGUGAGUCCUUCUUCCUUCGGUGUGUCACUUGUGACAUAACUCUUCAUCUUCAGUGCCAUCCAUUAGCACCGAAAACACUCAAACAUAAACACCAUCGACAUCCUUUAACGAUGACUAAAUCUCCCCUUGAUUCCGACCUAGAAUAUUAUGGGCAUCGGAGUGAAUACUAUUGUGACUUCUGCGAGCUACCAAGGCCAGCUUGGGAUCCAGUUUAUUAUUGCAAGGAAUGCGAUCUAUCUGCUGACAUUCAAUGCUUCAUCUCGCAGGUAUUGCAUUCGGUAACUGUAGAUGACCAAACCAGUAUGACAAGUGGAUCCGGUGAAGAUAAAGAUGAUAACCUCAAAGAAGGCAAAAGUUGUAGUACAACUGACCCCAAGGUUGUAAAGUAUGAAAAAGAGAUUGCAGAGCUUAGAUCAGAGUUGGAACAUAAAGAGUUUAAGAGAAAGGAACUGAAAGCACAAGUGGAGGCCCUCCAACGUGAAAUAGAAGACCGCCAAAAUGAAGUGAAGGAAUUAAGUAAUGGAAGCAGUCAACUGGAAAAGAGGAUACAAAAACUUGAGCGUGCACAUCUAUCUUAUAUUGGACCAAUGCUAGCAAAGUCCAAAUUUAAGGCAUAAUAAGGAGGACUGGUCCUGCCGAGCAACCCCUAGUCUGUGGCCAGAGUGAUGGGAUGUUUUUAGGUUUGCCUUUGUGGAAUUUACUCGUUCCAUUUUGCAAAAAACAGACUCUAUCAAUAUUUUCUAUUAACUGGAAAAUGCAUUUGCAAAAGAAGCAAAUUCAAAGCUCAACUUUUUUCUUUUUGUUCACACAGUAGCUUUAGUUUUUUUUAAGAGGAUUAAUUAAUUCACAGUGGAUAU